CUUGCCCGCCCUCUCGUCGGCCUAACUCUUCUGCAUUGCCGUAAGAACGCACUCUCCGCGACCCCUGCCGGACAGGUGACCUCCCGGUCCUUUUGCCUUCACCUCGGCACACACCUUCGUGACUUUCUCGAAGGUCAUUGGCUCCGUCAGUCCGGGAAUCUGCACACACACACACACAGACACACAAACACACACAAACACGCACACACAGAUUGGCCAAGAUGCGUCGCUUCAGGUGUGAAGAGUGUUGCUUACGGUGACUUCUAUGAUCUCCUUGACGUCGAGGUCUGCCCGACGGUAGCAGCAGGGCUUCCUGGAUCCUCUGCAGUGAGCCUCCCCCAGGUUGACUGUGAGCAUAUCAAGGACCUGACCCUCAUCAGCCUCGAUGCAGAAGACCUUGCUGCACGAAUGGCGCUUGCCGUCCGCUCCGGUGGGCUUGGUGGUGCAGUCUAAGUCCUCCUUCUUGGACGACACGGCCAGCUGUCGAACCUGCACACACACACACACACGCAGAAACAGCGUGACACAAGUGCCCGGUGGUACACAGUUCGGCAAUCAGUAAUUGAUCCCUACUGGAGCAGUGGCAGCGUUGUCGUGGUCGUCCUGGAUGUGGCGGAGGGAGGGGGAACGCUCCACGCCGGGUGCAGCGCCGACCAGCACGAGGGCACCGACAAGGCACACGAGAAGCUUCAUUGCGAGCACAAACGCGAUGGCCGAACCAACACACGAAAGAGCGAACGGUGAAAGAAGCAAGCGUGGGAUGGGAUCGAUGCGUUUCCGCCCGCGAUAUCUCUUCCCCCCAUGCAUCCCUCUCCUCGAUCUCCA